AUGAUCAAAAUAAUUUUUCAGAUGAUUGUGCCAUUGGCAAUUUUUGUUGUCCUGGCAGUAGUUUCAAAUACAGAAGCCGACGUAAAUGCAGCUCGACCUCAUAGCAAUCGCCCAGGAAGAUUUUUAUCACUUCCGAUUCCAGACAAGUGUGUCAGACGACCAAAGGAAUUCAAUUAUCGAGGACAUAAUUACUUUCUAAGUUCACAUGUUCCAACACAUGCAAGUCAAAAAGUCGAUUGGUUGGAUGCUAGAAACAUUUGCCGAGAGUACUGUAUGGAUUUAGUAUCUAUUGAAACUCAAGAUGAAAACAAUAUGAUCUACAGAUUGAUUCAACAAAAUGAUGUUCCAUACAUUUGGACGUCAGGUCGUCUCUGUGACUUCAAAGGUUGUGAAAACCGUCGUGACUUGGAACCUAAGUCAAUUUUCGGAUGGUUCUGGUCAGCGAACCGUGAAAAGAUGGCACCAACCAACCAAACUCCAGUCGGAUGGGGAUACAAUCCAUGGUCUCAAACUGGACACAAGAAACAAAAACAACCAGACAAUGCCGAGUUUGACAUCAACGGUACCACAGAAUCUUGUCUUUCUGUUCUCAAUAAUGUAUACAAUGAUGGUAUCGCUUGGCACGAUGUAGCCUGUUAUCACGAAAAACCAUUCCUUUGCGAAGAUUCCGAAGAGCUUCUCAAUUACGUUGCCAGUACCAAUCGGGGAAUCCGACUUUAA